GCAGCACAGAGGCGCGAGACUGACAGCACACCGUCACCACGGCUUCUGUUACCUCAAAACCACAACACGCGUGCACCUUCAGCUUUCUCCGCUUUGUCAAAAAGUCAUAAAGUUUUAGCCUAAACCGAUUAAAAAUUAUGCGUGUUUAUUGCAGGAAACGGCUUGCUAGUGCAUCAGUUCGCAGUGACUUUACGUUACCUCAAACUCCGGCAAACUGACAGUUUGACAGCGCGUGGCCAGAUUUGAAGCGCGCCUGCUCAUCAACCGUCGCCCGGUUAAGGAAACCGUUCUUUUGCUCCGCCGACACGCCGCCAACGCGAUAGACUGCACAGCAAGUAGUGGCAAGAACUCUGAAACCACAUGUGCUCGUCUCCAAACCGGAGAGACGCGGUUUUAUUUGUCUCCAGAGAGAAAAAAGAGUUGGCUUCAAGCCGCGCUGACGGAGACGUGGAAGGACGGUGGGCUCGUGAAAGGAGCGUCAAGACCGUUGGAUAUCCACGCGGUGCGUAAUAUUUACGCUUUUUUGGCACUGCUGCCUGAACAGUUGAAUUAAACGGGGAAAAUGUAGUGUGGGUGGAUGACUCAGUACAGUCACUUUUGAAGCUGACCGGAGGAAAGCGGUACCGGCGAAUGGCUCUUUAAACGUAAGUGUUAACGGCAGUGCCAAGUUGGACGGUCUCAACAAAAUUGGCAUUGUUAAUAAAUGCCAAAUUCAGCUGUAUAACCUUUAUGAACUCAUUUUACACCAAACGUGCUUUGUUGUCUCUCAUGGAUAAGUUACCAUUGGUCUCCAAGUGUUUUCUCCGCUGCGACCAGAUACUCCAUGAAAAGGAAUAACAUCAUUUUACUCAUAUUCAAAGCAAACAGACGUAGUAUUAACGUUACAACGGGGGUGAUACGCGCAUUAAAAUACUAAAAGAAGAUGAGUCUCGAUUUAUUGGAAAAUUAGCGUAACGCGCACGCGCCUGGAAGUGUCAGUCACCUGCUCACAAAGGUAAACGCACCUUUACAGAUCUGAGCUUUAAACUACAUUCAGAAUGAUGACCAACGGACCCAACAUCGUCUACGAAUGGCUGAAAACCCUUCAGCUAUGCCAGUAUGUCGAAGCUUUUGUGGAUAACGGAUACGACGACUUGGAAGUUUGCAAACAGAUAGGAGAUCCAGACUUGGAUGCCAUAGGUGUUUUUAUACCGCACCACCGGCAGCGGAUUCACGAUGCGGUGAAAAGGUUAAAAGACGACGAUAAGGAAACUGCGACUGGGCUUUAUUUUACCUUGGAGCCGAUGGCCCCGGUGUCACCCGUGUACCCGAGUCGUAUAUCGGAGCAGUACGAGUCCAGGCUGCGGGGCUCCAAGUCAUGGACUGAGCAAAGCAGUGACAGAGCCAGGCGCAACGUGGGGUACAUGGGGGCGCAUAGGAAUCUGACGCUGGGGAACCGCAAGGAGCUGGAGGUCUACCCCAAAUUAAAGCUGAAGAUUAUGAUCAGAGACAAAAUGAUCAGGGACGGAAUAAAUCUUGCCAGGCCACCAUACUCUAAUAAGGACGGCUCUCUGGGUAAUAUCGAUGACCUGGCACAGGAGUACUCGGAGUACUACAACACAUACUUCAGCGACGUCAGCGAUCGGAUGGAGGAACUACGAAAGCGGCAAGUGUCUCAAGAGAUAGACAUGGAAAAAGCAGACACCAGCCCCGGCUCUUCACAGAUCCGCUCAGACAUCCAGGAAUCAUUUGGCUUUAGCAGUGAGGUGUCCACACCAGAGACAGAAAGAAAAAUUCCCCUCCACAAGUCCAGCUCUGAGGAUGGAUCAGGGAAAUGGGACAACAAGAAGAAAAACAAAUCCUUCUGGCAGAACUUCCGAAAGUCACAGAAAGGAAUCACAAGGCAAACAUCAAAAGGAGAGGAUGUUGGCUAUUUGGCCAGUGAGAUCACCAUGAGUGAUGAAGAACGGAUCCAGCUGAUGAUGAUGGUCAAAGAGAAGAUGAUCACAGUUGAAGAGGCGUUGGCACGGUUAAAGGAAUAUGAGAGGAACAGACAGUUGAGCAGCAGUACAGACACAUCAGAGUGGACUGAUGGAUCCAGUCCCACUGUUAACCUCUCCUCCGCCUGCAAUUCUGUGGAGCAGUCAGAUGAUGAGCAGGAGGACUCAAAGUUCAAGAGGCUUCACAAGCUGGUCAACUCAACACGACGUGUCCGCAAGAAACUCAUCAAAGUGGAUGAUAGCAAAAGGCACGGUUCGCAAGAUUCCCUGAGUCUGGAUGCAACCCCCAUAUGUGAUGACUCAAACGCACUGUACGCCGGAGUCCACAAGAAGCCAGCUGUGUGCACAGACUCCUCUUUGUCUUCCCUUGCCCAAGAGCAGCUUUCUCUGGAUGGGGACACGGACAGUCUGACCACUUCUCCUUCAACCAGCAGUCUUGAGGCUUGGAAACCCGCACAUAAAUUAGUGAAAACCCAAAGCGCACACCCCCACGGCCUGAUCCGCCCGCCUCGAAAGAGCAGUGCCGGAUCUGGACUAGGUUUGGUGGGGGGCAGUGGCUCCUCUUUCUCCGAAUUGGAGAGUUUGGGGGACGACAACGCUAAGAUCUCCUGCUCGGCAACAGACGCAGAAAUGCGAAAAGCCUUGUCAUCUCUGUCUCAUGGGGUAAGUACCGACAGCGUCUACGCUUUUUAUGGCCUCACCAGGCCUCGCCCAAAGCCACACCCCCUUUUGGUGUCUUUAGAUGAUAUUAACAGCACCAAGCGGCCACCCAUUUCUACAUGGCAACGCAAUAAACCUGACCCGAACUAUGCGUAUUCUACCAAGCACUUGCUUUACCAGCGUUCCUGCAAUGCUAAGAAAACCAGCUCUCCUUCUGCCACCCUGCCCACCUCUCCUUCUGCUCGGGCAUUGCCGUUGGCCAGGGAGAAGGGCAAGAGCUGUGGGAGCGGGGUAGUGGGCAGCUGGUUGUUUCCACCUCGGCGUCUAAAGGGAAGGACGGCGGUUAGCGAGCUCAACAUUACGUAUGUGGUGGAACGCAGCCUGUAUGGCCACUUGAAUUGGACCGGGUUGGUUAGGCCCGUCACGCUGAGCAAAGCCGACAGACGUUGGCUUCUGGAGGACGAAAAAGAAGCGAACAGGAAGUGGGCAUCCAGCAUGGAUCGUUGUACCAAGCGCGUCCUCUUGCGCAUCCAGCAGAAGUCUAGAACAUGUAGCUUUGGAGGAUUUGACCUGUCUAAUCGUUCCCUACAUGUGGUCAACACAGCGUCUGAGUCGAGCGAGCAAGAGGCUUUGUACAGAGACCCUGUCAAAUCGCCCACAACAUCUCGCAUCUCUCUAGGGAAGAAAGUCAAGUCUGUCAAAGAAACUAUGAGGAAACGCAUGUCCAAGAAAUAUGCUGGGUCUCUCUCUGAACAGUCCAGUCUAGAUGGGACGCCCAGUUGUCCUCAGUCUCCUCAACCAGACACAGACUCUCUGGAGAAGCCCAAACUAAAGGCAGGAGGCUCUGUAGAGAGUCUGCGCAGCUCCCUUAGUGGACAGAGCUCCAUGAGUGGACAGACAGUGAGCACCACAGACUCAUCCGCCAGUAACAGAGAGAGCGUGAGAAGCGAAGACGGCGAUGAUGAAGAACCGCCGUACAGAGGUCCGUUCUGCGGCCGAGCGCGAGUGCACACUGACUUUACACCCAGUCCGUAUGAUACAGACUCGCUCAAGCUGAAGAGGGGAGAUGUGAUCGAUAUCAUCAGCAAGCCACCCAUGGGCACGUGGAUGGGCUUGCUCAAUAAUAAAGUGGGCACGUUUAAGUUCAUCUAUGUGGAUGUGUUGGCUGAGGAAGAGGAGAAGCCGAAGCGAGCCGUUCGCAGGAGGAGAAAGGGCAGGCCGCCGAAACCCAGCUCUGUAGAGGAGCUCCUAGAGAGAAUCAACUUGAAAGAGCACAUGCCAACGUUUCUUUUUAAUGGGUAUGAGGACCUGGACACUUUUAAGUUACUAGAGGAAGAAGAUCUGGAUGAACUUAACAUCAAAGACCCUCAACACAGAGCUGUACUGCUGACUGCUGUUGAACUCCUACAAGAUUAUGACAGUAGCAGCGAUCCGGAGCGCAGCGCCCUCUCUGGCUCUCAGGAAAAACUCCUCUGUGAGGGACGCGGCCUUACAGCCGACUCCCCACGGGACUCUGGUUGCUAUGAAAGCAACGAAAACCUAGAGAAUGGAAAGAGUCGUAAGGUCUUGCGCCACAGUCGGAGUUCAUCUGGAUUUGAUUGUGGAGCUAUCAAAUCUCCAGACUAUCCAACUCUCCCAAUGACUCAUUCCACUGAAGCUCUCCAGCAGCAGGCCAAGAAAGAUCGCAAGUUCCCGAAGACCAUUCUGCCCCGGCCCAGAAAAGGUUUCGGUCUGCGAAACCUCGGCCUCAAAAAGAGCUCCAAAUCAGGACAAUCCUCUCGCAUACCAGUCAGCCGUAGCUGUGAGGAGUUGGAUGGUCCCCAGGAGACCCCUGAGUCCUGGAAGCGCUCACAUUCUCUAGGAGAUCUGCGUUGGGAACAGGCGUAUGAUCAGAGGAAAGACCACCAGGUGCAGAACAAGCAGCAAAGCGGCAACAAGGAGGAAGUAAAAGUACAUCCUGUACAAUCAAAACUAGAGGAUGGUGGAGAUGCGUCUGGAAGAGAGACAGGUUCUGUUUCCAGACCUACAGUUCCUACACAACUGUCUCUCAGCCCGGUGAGGACCCUGCCUGCUUCUCACCCCUCGAUACGCCAACCUGUCUCUGCCCCGACUAGUCCCGCUCCACGAACUCAUCCUAAAAAACCACCUAUUCCACCUCCCGUGCCUGCUAAAAAGUCCAAAGAACGUCUGCCGAAUGGUGUGCGACACCCGCCGCCGCUUCUGUCAGGUUCAGUGCCGAAUACACCGACCCUACCCCCAAGACCUGUCCACACCCCAGCCUCUCCACCAUCAACCCCAGUGUCACCGGCUGAGUCUGAAACUCCACCAGCCCUUAGUCCACCCUGGUUGUCUGAUCUGCCUGAAUCUGCAUGUCCUCAGAUCCAUGGAGUUAAAGUAGCCCUCAGCAGGAAGACCUCGCAUGCCAAAGUAAUUGACAUGGAGACUUUACUGGAAGACAGGAUGAGAUUAGAAGGCAUCGACCUCACCCAGGAGCCUUACUCUGAUAAGCACGGCCGGUGUGGUAUUCCUCAGCUCUUAGUACAAAGAUAUUCGGAGGACUUCCAGCAGCCAGUGAAGGACGUGGCGUCCGGUCUGGAUCAGAUCAGAGUUAAACAACUGCGCAAGGAGCACCGUAUGGCUAUUCCCUCUGGAGGUUUGACUGACAUGUGUCGAAAGCCAGUGUCUCCUGUUAACUCGAGCUCUGUUUCUGAUUGGCUCGUGUCCAUUGGAAUGCCUAUGUAUUGUGCCCCUCUAUUGGCCGCAGGCUGUGACACUCUGGGUCGCGUGUCAUCCUUGAAUGAGGCGAGCGCGAGGGAGGCGGGGCUGAAGGAGGAGCAUCACAUACGUAUUCUGCUCAGCGAGGCCCAACUACUCAAAGCCAACAGCACAGUACAGUCAUAAUACUUACAUGACUUUAUAUAACUUUUAUGAAACUGUCAGGCAAAGGUGUUCAAGAGCAACAACUGUCCUAGUUGUUGCGUUAUAUCAAGAUACAAUUUCUAAUAUCUGUUAUUUCUGGUAAACUACAUACCUAUAAUCUCACAGCUGGCUGACGUUUAUAAAAAUGACCGAAGUGGCUACCCAGGACUGUUACUGAAAGGUUUUCAGCAGAAAAGGUUUGGCCCAAAUCGAGAGAAGAAAGCACAGUUGUUGUUGUUUUUUUUCCAGAGAAUUUAUGCUUUUGUAUGACUUUCAAGACUGUUCUUCUCACUUUUUUCAUAAAGUGUGAAAUUUAUUUAGAAAAAAGCAGUAAAGGAAAAAAAGUGUUUUUAGUGCUUAUUGUUGAAGGAGAUGUACGUCACCUGGCCAAAGCGAUUUCAUUUCAUCCAGGUUUUGUUAAUAUAAUGUUACUUUUGUCUCGAAACAGAUGUAUAUUAAAUAUGUAUAUCAAAAGAUAUCUCCUUUGAUGAGUCCUGUAAAGGAUAUGUUUAUAACAUUCUCAUAUGCAUGAUGUUGCCAUAUGGGGAUAUUCAGAGUAAUGCACAUUUUGAAUUCAGGCCAAUGGUUGGCCACGGUUUAAGCAAGUAUGUAUAAUGUUUAUAAAAAGUGGGAUGAACCAUUUCACAAAAAAAAAAAACAUUUGUAUGUCUUUACAUGGUCACAUUUUAAAACAUCACGCUUUAUACUCCGCUUAACAUAAUACAGUAUAUUCAAAGCACAUUUAAUCUUCUGACACAAAAUAUUCAAAAACAUGACUUACUACUCUUCAGCUAUACGGGAUAUAAUGUUUAUUAAUGCUUACAUAAGUUCAAUUAUAUGUCGCAUUUGUUGUAAAUUAUAUUCCUGCACAUUAUGUACCUCUUAUCAUAUACAAAUCUGAUGCAACUCAUGCAUCAUACAGCAGUAAUAUGCUUGCUGAAGUGACAUGUGUAGUUUUUUAGUUCAUUUGGUUUUGCCCCAGAUUGCCUUGCACUUGACUGGGGUAUUUAAAGACGUUUAUAAUUUGUAAAAGCCUAAAGCACACAGUCUAGCCUUAAAAAUUUCAAUUUAGAAAACUAGUCGCUAGUGACUUAAAGAGACUGGGGCAGACAUCAUGCACUACAAAAAAUGAUUUUCAAGAAAAAAAAUUCUUAGUAUUUAGUAAAAAUAUCUAAAAAAAUUUAAAUUAAGUUGCUUUUUCUUGAUGAGCAAAACAACCCAAGAAAAAAAGUCUAGUUUUUAGACCAAGAAUAUCAAAGUUAAGUAAUUUUGUGCAUAAAACAAGCAAAAAAAAAUCUGCCAAUGGGGUAAGCUAAUUUUUCUUGAAUUUUUCUUGAAUUUACUGUUUAAGAAAAAUGUUCAAGAUUUUUUUGCUUACCCCCAUUGGCAGUUUUAUGCACAAAAAUUUUGGUCUAAAAACUAGACUUAUUUUCUUGGGUCGUUUUGCUAAUCAAGAAAAAGCAUCUUAAUUUAAGAAUUUUUAGAUAUUUUUAUAGAUAAGAUAAAAAUACUAAGAUUUUUUUUCUUGAAAAUAAUUUUUUGCAGUGUGGCUGCAUCAGAGAUCAUUCGAAAGUAUUGGUAACAUUUUUUAUUCAUCAGUCCACGCCACUGUUUGAAUCAUGUUUUUUUUUUUGGAGCCUGACUGUUUCCUCCACUGGAUUUGAUAUUCAGUGAUGUCACUUCCAUACAAUAGCUCUUACGAUCACAUGCAUGUCUCUAAAGCGUUGUGCUGUGUUUCAUGUUAGCAUAACUUGUAGUCCAGUUGUUUGCGCAUGCAUGAAAGAAAAGUUGCACAGAUAUUGUGUUUCCUAUUCCAAACUUAUUGUCAUUCGUGGGUGUGUGUGUUAACAGUGGGGAUGGACAACAUAUUUCUCACACAUCUGGUGUUGGAUGUGGGCGUGCUUUAGCAGACAUCUGUUAGCACCAUUGCUUGGGCAUUCAUAUGAUGUAAUACUGUAAAUCAUUAUCAACUUUAAAUUAAGCACAAGAAAGCAAGUUCCCCCACAUACGCUCAGGCUGUUUUUGAUGAAACAGACAGAAAACUGAAGUGAUAUUUUUACUAGAUGCUUCUAAAGAUCAUUGAUGUUUACAAGAGAAAGACAAAAACGAAUGCUUCCAUGAGGCCUUUUUUAAAAAUUGAUUUAGAUUCAUUAAUUUCUCUGUUUUAUUCAUAUAUCAUACAUUACAGAUCAGUUUAUAGAAUAUAACACUCAAAAAUUAAGUUUAACAGCAUUAGAGAUCAAUCGAUUCCUUUAUAUCAGAGUUAAUGCCUCCAUAUUUCUAUCACUGGAGGUCUUUGGUAACAGUGAGGCUUUUUAUGUAGUUCAAUUUAAAAAAUAUAUCAUUAAAUGUUACUGUAAAAAUGCACUUUAUUAAAAAGAUUACUUUUUUUCUUAAACUUCUUUUUUAUUCCAUUGUAAAGAAAUGAGAUUACAAAUUUAAUUUUGUUUUAAGUGUGUUAGCAAAUUUGCAUUCAGGUCAUAUGUUGAAGAUUGAAGUGGACUGUGGUGGUCCCUGACAAAAAUGUUGAAGUAUUAAAUCUUGUCAAAACAUUAAUCACUUGUUAAAGAACUAACCAGUUAAUAUUUCAGCUUGAACUGGAUCUUAAUUACAUAUAUGAAUGAUUAACAGAGGUUGCACAUUCUGUAUGUAAUUGAUAUUUAAAUAACUUAUUUUUGAUUUCAUAUCAUUUGUAAUUAUUAGCUGUAUUAUACAUCAUAGAGCAAUACACUUCCAUAAAGUUAGCCGGUGACAUGCUUCAAUGACCGCUGUAAAAUGUAUGUAUAAAAAAUGAUUUUAUCUGGUUUCAGUUCGCUAAUGAUCGUCCAUAAAGGUUUUGCUUGUGUAUUUACAAAAAAUGUCCUAAAAUAUUUGUCACUUUGAGGUGUAAUAAAAAGGAAUAUCCUGGGA